UACGAAUCAACACCAUCCCUCGAGGAAAUCAGACGGAACACUGCCUGAGGAAGCUUCCAAGCCGAAUAUUAUGCUUUCCUUCCCACAGGAUACGCCACUGUUGCAGUCUGCCCUUCACCACAUGCAACUCUAUCGAUCCAGAUGGGAGAAUUCGCAACUCCCCAUCGCUCUUUGUAGUUGAAAACCCGGUCGGUAGUCACACUUUGCACUGCACCGCCUGUAGCUUGCAUUUCAAGAGUAGCUCACGACAUAGUUUGAAUUGCACAUAUCUCGCGGGUCAUAGCUUAACGUAGUAUUUGAGGCCACAGAUUGCAUCAGCAAGAUGGGUCAACACUUCCAGACUGUUGCAGCCAUGGCUUGCAUGAAAAGUCUACUUAUGGUCUUUAAUUUUGUCUUCUGGGUUUCUGGCAUUGCUAUCUUGGCUAUAGGAGUAUGGAUGGAAAUAGAACUGUACAAAUACAUGGAAAUGAGCACCGAAUUUAGUGGUACUGCUCCUUACGUCCUUAUUGGCACUGGGUCGUUGAUUAUUCUGAUCGGUUCAUUGGCGUGCUGUUGCACUGUCAAAGGACAACCUGUGCUUCUAUACAUUUAUGGGGCAUUCUUAGCAAUUGUCUUCGUCCUAGAGGUAGGUGCUGGCAUCUCAAUCUUUGCCUACCGCACCAAGUUAACCGAAGGAUUUGACAAAGGACUCACUCAAGCUAUGACUAACUACCAACUGAACACUCCUGAGGCGCAGAACUUCGACCGUAUGCAACAAACGCUAAAAUGUUGUGGAAAUCACAAAGCUUCUGAUUGGUCAGACUUGAUGCCGCCACAGUCUAUACCAUUAUCCUGCUGCAUCAAAGAAAACUGUGAUACUACGGAAAGGGAUCAGAUAUACACACAAGGUUGUUAUAACAAAAUUGUGGAUUUCUUAGGAGAGAACAUAGGAAUUGUAGCUGGAGCAGCUGUUGGUAUAGCAUUCUUUCCUCUGGUGGGAGUUAUACUGUCUUGCUGUCUAGCUAGCGUGAUAAAUAAGGCUAAAUACGAACAGAUGACCUAAACUUGAUUGGCCUAAGAUUUUAGAGAACUGAACAUAUAUCAUCAGUAUCUUCAGUAUAUCAUGUAUGCAAGACUACCUUUUGGUAACGCUGUAUUUUUUAUAUCACACGUGUGCUUCUUGAAAUGCAUGGUUGUAACACGGAAAUAUUAAAAAAAACAAGAACAUAUUAAAAAAUAUAAAAAACCAGACUGCAAUAACUGAAAAAUGGUUAUUUCAAUUGUGAUGUCAAGACAAGACGAAUCUAAAGAUACAUCAAAUGUCAAAAUAUAUAGCAGGUAAAAUAGAAAUUUAUAAGUUGAAGUUUGCGUUUUAAGUCCGUCAUUCUGUAUUUAUGAAAUUUUAAUACACAGGGUCACCCGCAGUGUCAAAACAAAUCUAUAGGUUUUUCCAGGGUUAUUGGAGAGUCACAGCAAAAAUACAGGAAUCAUUUUCAUACAUCCAUCUUCCUCGCACAUACUCGUAGAUAUGCAGUCGAUCUCUAUUUGUGGAAGUUGUUGUGUAAACUCAAAAACAUACGUUUUUUAGUUGUCUCACCGCCAUGAAAAUUUUCUCGCCAACUUAUUAGUCUUGCACAUUUAUGGCAACUGGCACUGUUAACGUGAAAGCUUGCUUUUGAUGCUUUUCAUGUGAUUUGUGUUUACCCACGUUGAUCUUCGAUAUAAAACAUAGUUAGCCCUGAAGAUACAACUGCAACGUCGACAGUCUGUAUUAAAAGUAUUUUCAGAAAGUGAGUGAAAACGGUACUCUAUCACCCAAUUCUUAUGUGGUGUAUGUGCAAGAGUGAGUAGCAAACUGAGUUACGAAUCUGGAUGUGCAUUGUCCAAUUUCCCUUAGGAAAGUUACCAUCAAUCUGAAAACUCAUUUCAUAUAUUUGUAAAUCCACCAAGCCGUUUAGACUGUAGCCCGUGAAAUAGAAUUAUUCUUGUUCACCUACAUAGAUUGAAUACAUAGACAAAUAUGCCUCCUUCUGAUGCAUUCGGGUAAUAAAAUGACCAAAACGUAACUUUGGCAGCCUGGAAUAAUCAACACACGAUGACCGAUUAGUAUAUUUUGCCAUAUGUAACGUCAGUGGACAACUAACAAAUGUCAAUUAUAAGCUCUGCUUAAACAAUCUGACAUGAUUCUGUGUGAUACGAUGAUAUAUCUCAUGUGAUUUGAGCGGCUAUUUGUCCCGCUAUGAAUCGACCCCCUCUAACUUUUUGCUAUGACCGUUUAAAAACAUAUACAAUAUGUAUACAGGGUGUUCCAUAAUUAUUGCGACAAAAUGAUAGGGGUUGUAGAGGGCAUCAAAAUGAACAAUUUUGCCUUAUAAACCCCUGUUCGGAAAUAUGCCGUUUGGGCUGCAGCAAAAAAAAAGAUCAGUUUCUUGAAACAUUAAUUACUCAAAGUGUCCUCCACCUUGCUCAAUACACAGCUGUGUACGAUUGUUCAAUGAUCGGCGAACUCUGUGGCAUACCCCCGGUAUGUCCUGAACAUGUGCGGACUCUUCCCAGUAGCUCUUGUUGGUUGGGAACAGGAGUUUCGGACACUAAAGCUUUCAGGUCGCCCCAGAGAAAUUAAUCCAUUGGGGUCAAGUCGGGUGACCCCGCAGGCCAACGCACAGGGCCACCUAUUUGGAAAUUUGUCGUCCAAAUACUGCCGCACUUGUAAAGAAAAGUGGGCUGGAGCGCCAUCGUGUUGAAACCACAUGUUGGCUCUUAUGUUCAGUGGCACAUUUUCUAAUAGUUCUGGUAGCACAUGCUGUAAGAAUCGACCAUAAGCAUGCCCAUCCAAAUGUGGUGGAAGCAAAUAUGGCCCGAUGAUAUGCUCGUCCACAAUGCCGCACCAGAUGUUAAUUGGAAACUGAUGUUGGUCUCUAUGGAUGGCUAUGGCAUGAGGGUUUUCUCCAUCCCAAAUGUGACUGUUACGGCUAUUAAAAUAACCGUCCUUUGUAAAACAGGACUCGUCAGUGAACAAAACGUAGCGAGCAAAGUUUGGUUGCCUCAACUCCUGCUGCAGCCACCAACGACAAAAACGUCGACGCGGCAGAUAAGUCUUCUGGACCCAUGGCUUGGACUUUUAAAAGGUGGUAUGGGUGUAGUUGCUCGUCAUGGAAAACCCGCCAAACAAUAGUUUGAGAUGCUCCCAUAUCAUGUGCAAUAGCACGCACGCUUGUAGGCGGAUUGGCCGCUACAUGAUGCAGAAUCGCUUCCUCAAAUUCUACUGUGCGCCUCGUGAAGGGCCGCCAGCCUCCCGCGACGUGUCUGAUGCUGCCACUGACACGAAGACGUCCAUGAAUCCUUGCAAAAAUGACAUGAUGCGGAUAAGGACGUUCUGGAAACCGUUGAGCGUAGAUUCGCGAGGCUCGUCUUCCGUUACCACCAGCUUCUCCGUAAAUUAAAUACAUAUCCGCAAGUUCCGCAUACGAAUAACGCUGCAUUUUAACACUAAGGUACUGUUAUUUACCUAGUUUGACGCACCACUCAGAUAAAUUACAUGAAUCGGUGUGGAGAAUUUACGAUAACAAAAAUGUAAACCGGCGAGACCAUGAAAUGAAAUGUGCUAGACGAACAUUUUGCAGCUGGUGAAUUUUUUGUUUCUCCUAUGAGCUCUUAAGGUAAAAUUAGCGGUAGUGCUCAAACGGCAUAUUUACGAACAGGGGUUUAUAAGGCAAAAUUGCAUAUUUUUAUGCCCUCUACAACCCCUAUCAUUUUGUCGCAAUAAUUAUGGAACACCCUGUAUACAAAAUUCUAAUUUAAAAAUAAUAGUCGGUUUUUCUGUAGUUCCAAAUAUAUGUACGAGAGCAGUCCGAUAAGUACUUGGCCUACAAAUGGUACCGUUCCACACGCGUCAAAGCAAAACUACGAAUCCGAUGUGCUUUAACAGAAGCCGUCUGGAAUGUACAGUAUAUUCAGAUAAGAGAUAGACCGGACAUAAACAAGACCACGUGAUCAUCGAACGCUGUAACAUUCGGCAGGGACGUAUUAAGAGUCACGCAGUACAUAUUUUAGAUAGUAGAUGCUGCUUUGCGUAACUUUGUAGUAAAUUAGCACAAUUCGAUGUGUAUACGAUUGGUGAUGGAUAUAGGAUCAUGUGGGGGUGGGGUAAGAAAUAUAUAAUGAUGUAAAUAUACAUAAGGGUUUCAAAAUUUUCGCUUCGAUUUCCAGCUUCGGAUGCCGCCUGAUGUUUGGUGAAAUACAGUCGAAUAUAAUCUCAAAAUGGCGUUUAAAUUAGCCUAAAUUAAAAAUAACCGUAUAUCUCUUAAAAUUGCUUUUAGAAUAUUGAUUAGUAUAUUUUUUGAUUUCUAGGUAAAUAUGUAACCAAAUUAAAACGUUCAAAACGUAAAAAAAUGUGCAUGGUUGAACAUUGUCAGAAAGUAGAUUCUUGAAUAGGUUUUGCCAAAAUGGGUUCAAAAAUGUCAAUAAUUAAUUAAAAAAUACAGUAGCUUUAUAAUUACUUAUAACUUACCGAAUUUGAUGAACGACAUCUUUUAUUGGAAAGAUGAGCUUGAUGAGCUUUCAUCAUCGCUACUGCCUGAAGCACCAACGUCAAUAAUGAAUGGCUCGACUUGUUCCUCUAAAAUAUUGUCCAGUUCCCACAUUCUCUUUUCAACUUUGUCUUUCACGUGCUUAAUACAGUUUUCCCAUUUUUGCGCUGUUAUUAAUUCUAGUGCUUCUUUGAAAAGUCCUUUGAGGUCACAAAAUUUAAAAGUUGUAUUGUGCUUAGCUACAUAAUUUUUAACCUCUGCCCAUAUGAACUCAAUGGGAUUGAGCUCGCAAUGGUAUGGAGCUAAACGGAGCACAGUUUUAUUUUGACUUGCUGCCAUUUCGUCAAUGGCGUAUUUUUGAUAUUCCGCCUUGUGAUCCUUGACAAUUCUUAAUAAUUGUACUUUCAGCAUUGCUUCUUCAAAUUUGAUAUUUUUCGAGCGGAGCCAAUUUUGAACAUCAACUUUCCUUGAAGCCGUUGUUGGGACCUUCUCCAUUCUUCGAGAAUGAUAAGGCGCAUUAUCCAACACAAUUACUGCGUUUUCCUCUAAGUUCGGUAAAAUUUUUGAAAACCACUGUUCAAAGAUUCGCCAUUCAUUUCCUCGUGGUAAUUUCCAGUUUUCUUAGACUCAAAGCACCACAGACCGUCAACAACAAAUCCAUCCUCACUGCCAAUAUGGCAGAUAAUGAGCCUUUUCCCUUUACCUGGAAAUCGAAGUACUAACUGGUGUAGAUUUAUUUCAAUAAGCGAACCUUUUUCAAAUGUUUUCAUCACAUUCAGCGAAAAAAUAUUGAGACAUGAGUAUCAGAUUGCUAUAAUUGGGAUUAUUUAGUCAUAUUGAAAGAAAGAAUAUUGAACGAUUACUCAGCGCUUCACAAUUUAAUUUAAAGUUAUAAACCUUUAAAAAAUGAAUGAUCAGGAACCUGAAACACGC